AUGAUAAACAAGCGACAAAGAGGCAAUCCGAUAGAGGGUCAAGGGGUCAAACCCCGUGGGUUCCGCAGGGACCGUGACUGCUUUAAUUGCAGAGCCGAGCCCAAAGGAGUUAAAUGUGAUUUGAACCGUCCCUUUUGCGGGCCUUGUCUGGCCGCAGACGUCCAAUGCCGAGGAUAUCCUAAUCGCAUCCGGUGGGCUCAGGACCGAGGCACGAAUGGAUCUGAGUUAACGUCUCUCUCUCUCCCACUCGUCGACACGGGCGAAAAAUGUAGCGGCAUUCUCAAGGCAGGCGAGGAAGACGACGCGGACGUCAACUGGACAACUCACUACGACAAGUAUCUCGACUUUAUUACAACCAAGUUUGCACUAGCCCGAGCUUCGCUGGGGCAAUGCAAGGAGUCUAAGGACACCCUGGCCGACGUUUGGCAACUCGUGUGGCACCGGACUUCUAUUUCUGGUCAACUGCAGCCUGGCGAUAACCUGGAUGCCGAAUCACUAGCCAUGCAAAGCGCGGCCCUUCGCGGGCUAAACGCGGCGCUCAAGAAGGAUGAAAUUACUGCCAUAUUCGGCAUCGUUACGUUUGCUUUCUUGGACGUUUACGAGGCGCCCUUCGGUGACUGGAAAAGGCAUCUUUUAGGUGCCAGAGCGUUGCUAGAUCUCCACUGCACAGACCGGACCGGACUUCAGGGUCUCUACCAGCGGGUUCCCGGCCUCCGUCAAGCCGUGUCGUUGUUGAUGUGGUAUGAUGUAAUGGGGGCUUUUCUCACCAUGAAUGACCUCCUCAUUUUUGAGGAAUGGCACCGUGUCGACAUGGACGAGAACCUCUUCCAACUCGUGCAUUGCCCGAGAAGUGCUUUUGAGCUUGCCAUUCUUGUCAUGCAAGCUCGAGCAGUAGGGCAGAAAGGUCACAGUCUACAUCUUCAGAUCACGAAGCAGCUUCUUCUUUGCCAGAACACCGAUCAUCAAACCAGGCCCGCUCCUCUGCUCCAAGAUGCUUGGAGGUAUGGCAUCGUCAUGGCGGCAAUCAAUCUCGACAGAUCCAGUGACAACCAGGAGCUCGACGAAACAAUGUGUCUAUUGGCUGAGAGGAUCUGCCAAGCCGUCAAGGCCACACCUCCAAAUUCGGGGCGUUAUCGCCACCUGGCUGGCCCCAUCAUGCUCCUCGGUGCCAACUCUCGGCUCCCCAGAUGUGCCGAAGUUGUCGACAGCUAUUGGAUGACAUGUUCCUCGCUUCGCCCACCUAUCUAUCCGAAAGGAUUCCAGCCAGGAAAACAUUGGAGCACCAUGUGGGGUGAAGAUAACGGGGGAUGA